GUGUAUCCUGCGUGAAAACUACAGCUGCCCCUACAGUCACUGAAGAGUAAAUCGUGUCUCUUUAACUGAGGUAUUCUCAGGACGGGGAGGGGGGUGGAUGGGUUCAUCGGGUUCAUGUAGUAUUGGACGCCUCCUCCCAUUUCAGGUUGGCUGCUUCCCUGGCUCCCUCGGCAAAAGCUGUAAGGCAAAUAGGUGAUGGAAAACGGCAUGGAAGUUUGCAGUGGAAAUGGAUAAAUAGUCUAGCUUGACCUUUAUUCGGGACACAGAAACUCGAUCAGCUGAUGACUCCACACUAGCUGCCAUUUUUAGGUCAUUCGAGGCAUCUCGUUAACUUGUUUGUAGCUCCAGUCAGUUGUAUGAAUAUACAUUCGUCUAUUAUUUGCCCACUGGGAUGGGGAAAGCGCUUUGUCCGGUGCUGUGUAACAGUGGAAUAUAAAUCAUGAUGGCUGAUGGAUGUUGCAGAGGGAUGGAAAGAGGCAGGGGUAAGAUUGCAUCAGAUUCUUUACCGAGAUCCGCAUAUACUCAGCAAUAUGUGCAGACAGGAUCACAGCAGCAGGGCAAUGACAUCCAAGAGUUAGCCUCCAAACGCGUCGACAUCCAGAAGAAACGCUUCUACCUGGAUGUGAAGCAGAGUGUGCGCGGACGUUUCCUCAAAAUAGCCGAGGUGUGGAUCGGAAGAGGCCGACAUGAUAACAUCAGGAAGAGCAAGCUGACGCUGUCUAUGUCCAUGGCUCCCGCUCUACGCUACUGCCUGGGAGACUUCAUAGAUUAUUAUGCCCGGAUCGGACUGCGGGGGGGCCUGGCGACUCCGCAGCUCGAUGAGCACAGUAACAACGGCCAGGGCCGCGCGCACGAUUCCCGCAGGAGAGCGCAGGAGCAGCACGCGGCGCUGUCUCCCACCGGCUCUGCGGUGUCCGACGACCACGCACACCGCGUUCUCAAGAGCGAGUUCAUCGAGAGAGACAACAGAAAGUACUUUCUUGACCUGAAGGAGAACCAGAGAGGCAGGUUCCUUCGCAUACGGCAGACUGUCAGCAAAGGACACGGUACAAUGGGCUACUACGGCCAGGGCAUCGAGCAGACCAUCGUGCUGCCCGCCCAGGGGCUCAUCGAGUUCAGAGACGCGCUGUCACAGCUGAUCGAAGACUACGGCGACGAAGAGAGCGACGACCGCGGCCGAGCCCAAUCCAGGAAUCACGACGACAACCCAGAACUUCCAGAAGCUGCAUCCUUCCGGGUGGACAACAAGAGGUUUUACUUUGACGUCGGCUCAAACCGGUAUGGCAUCUUUUUAAAAAUUAGCGAAGUGCGGCAGCCGUAUAGAAACACCAUUACAGUUCCCCUAAAAGCCUGGGCUCGAUUUGGAGAAAAUUUCAUCAGGUACGAGGAGGAGAUGCGACGGAUUUUCUCCUGUCACAAAGAGAAGAGGACAGACGCUCGGCAGGACAGUGAGGAGCAGGAGGACUGACCUUGGCAGUAGGCUCUGUCUGUGCUCUUGCAUGUAUUCUAGGGAUCCCGUUCAUGAAGGAAAUGUCCAGACGGGACAGUGCCCCCUAAAUACCCCCGUCAUGUUCUAUGUGUCCCUACACACUUUUUGGUUCAUCUGCCAAGGGCUGGUAAACAACAAAUUUGAACCUGCCAAGAAAUGAUUUAUUCAUUGUAGCCCAAUGUCUGUUCAAUGACAAAAUGUCCGAUUCAUUAUCCAAUCCUUCCAUUUCUCAGUGCUAUGCACUUUGGGCACUUGGCCAGGGCCAGCGCAAGCCAAUUUGGGGGCCCUGAGCAGAAUUUUAUGGCCGCCACCCCUCCCCCAUUACCCUCUUAUAUUUGAGAGUGCACUAUGAAUUGUUUUAUUAAAAGUGAUAUUGAAGGGUGACACUAGUGGCGCAAGCAAGGAUUAAUCAAACUACUUUAAUAUUUUGCCCCAAAGCUUAUUAGUUAACAGUUGUAUGAUGCGCAAAUGUGUCAUUUACAACUAAUCACUGAAAAUAAAAAAUAACUUAUAGAACCCAACCGAUAUGGGAUUUUUAACACCAAUACCGAUAUGGUGGUAAUCGGUAAUGGCGGCUAAUAUAGUGAAUUUUUUAGUUGGAAUGAAAAUGUAACUUUUCUAUGUAAAUGUCUGCAAAGGUGAAAGCUGCUUUCUUAAACAAAUAACUGUAUUAAAGAAUGUUUAAGUUAAAUAUUCUUUAACGUGUUAAAAAUUUAACAUACACAUUGUCAACCAAUUGUAGUUGACAUUGCUGAGAGCUGCUUCUUCUCUCUUAACCUGUGCUGCUCACCACAGUAUUUAUUAAAAACAUAAUUGAUUGAGA